ACCAUAUUACUUCAAACAUACGUGUCCAAGCCAGAUCCACGUGCAUUUCACAUAUUUUAUUUACAUCAGUUAGCGUAUUACCGCAUUAGUAUUUUUAAAAUGGCAAAUAUUUUAAAAAUUUCGAGCAUUUCCUUGUUACUGGUUCUCUUUGGGGUUGCCCUGCUGGGAACUUUCACAGUGAAGGCACAGGAUUCACAAGAAAAUGAAGGGGAGGGUUUGAACGAAGAACAACAACAAGAUUCGGAUGACGAGGAGCCGUGGGAGUUGGAUGGCGAACCCGAAGAACUUGACGCCGAAGCAGGAGCAGAGGUUGAAGACCCCAACGAACCACGAGUUCUUGGAGGAGGUCCCAUCAAAAUCAAUAUUCAACCAGUGGAAGAGGGCGAAGUUGAUUGUGAGGGGCGACGCGAUGGGGUCGUUCUCCAAGAGAAUCCGGUGGACUGUCUCUACUUCUUCCUCUGCAUUCAGGGAACCGGGCAUAAGAUCGAGUGUCCAAAAAUACCCGAUCAGACAUAUUUUAAUCCCCCGAAAAAAAGUUGUGGAAGUGUAUCGGAGAAUUUCUGCAAAGAAGUUGACAUUGCAGCGUUGAUACAAGAAGAUGAAGAAGAAGCUGCGAGACAAAUGCAAGAAGAAGACGAAAGUGAAGGUGAUGGAGAAGGAGAAAAUGGCAACUUUUCUGAGUCAAGAAUUGAACUAUAGAUACAAUUUAAGGGAAAAGUAUCAUGCUUAAUAAAAUAAAAUGUCAUCUAAUCUAAUGAGAAUUAA